AUGGGGCUGUGCAUAACCAAAGAAGUCCGAGAGAUGCGCCAAAAAUCACAAAACAUCGAAAAGAUCAUCGAGGCCGACUCGCAAAAGUUCAAGAAGGAAUGCAAGAUUCUGCUGCUGGGAGGAGGCGAGUCAGGAAAGUCCACGAUUGUCAAGCAGAUGAAGAUCAUCCACCAGAGUGGGUACAGUAAAGAAGAGCUCCUCACCUUCCGGCCAACGAUAUACCGAAACAUCAUCGACAGCACGCAGGCCAUACUGCAGGCCGUCAAAAAGUUUGGACUGACCUACACCAACAACGACUGCGAACGCCUCGAGAAAAAGUACGCCGGUCUCCGGAUCGAACACGACAGCAAUUUUCGGAUCACCCCCGAGAUCAGCGAGGAUCUCUCACAACUAUGGGCCGACCCCACCGUGGUGCAGUUGAUGGAUCGGAGCAGCGAGUUUUACAUCAUCGAUUCCGCGCCAUACUUUUUUGAAAACAUCAAGCGCAUAGGCACGCCGGACUAUAUCCCGCUCGAGCAGGACGUUCUGCGGGCACGAACCAAGACGACAGGCAUUACCGAGACCCGGUUCAACAUGGGGCAGCUCAAUAUUCACAUGUUCGACGUUGGAGGACAGCGAUCGGAGCGAAGAAAAUGGAUCCACUGCUUCGAAGCCGUGACGUCGAUCAUAUUCUGCGUGGCACUGAGUGAAUAUGACCAAGUGCUCCUUGAGGAGGCCGGACAGAAUCGGAUGGUCGAGAGCCUGACGCUAUUCGAGUCCAUCAUCAACAGCCGGUGGUUCUUACGGACAAGCAUCGUGCUGUUUCUCAACAAAAUUGACCUCUUUAAAAUCAAGCUCCAGAAAGUUCCGCUUGAGAACUACUUUCCGGAAUACAAAGGCAAGGCCGCCAAGUUUAUCCUAUGGAAAUUCACCCAGGUCAAUCGAGCACGGCUAAAUAUCUACCCACAUCUCACACAAGCAACAGACACCUCCAAUAUUCGGCUUGUGUUUGCAGCGGUCAAAGUAACAAUUCUGCAGAAUGCGUUACGAGACUCGACAACGGGAUUGGGACGGACGAUGGAACCCUGUGACUACAGCUCGAGCUAA